GCAAGCAAUGCUAUGGCCUCCGCAAAGACAGGACUCGGCCGUGAGGCCGUUGUGUCAGACCUUUUCAGUGGCAGCGCCCAAAAGACGGCUCCAGAAUCGACGCACUGGAUCUCGCCGGGGCCGUUCAGCGUACCGGAGGGCUUGUCUGACGACCGUGCUACGGGCAAUGGCAUGACCAACCGGUUGUGCAUCCUGAGCAGUCCGCUGCUGGUGUGCGUGCGUGUGAGCAUACUGGCCGCCGUGAUUGCGAUGCUGCUGCUGCUGCGACACCUAGGUCGACGAAGAGGCGGCGACGCAGACGACGCGUCGAUGUGCCACACCGGCGGAUGCGCUUCCAUGGGCGCCCUGCUCGCCGAGAGCGCUAACCUGAGCCGGGAUCCGUGCACGGACUUCACAGCCUACGUCUGCUCGGGUCGGUGGCAAGACGGCGGCGGUCUCUCAGUACCCGCGCUGGCGGUGCUGCAGCAGGCGUGGGCUCGUCGCAUGCACGAGGUUUUGGAAACGCGGGCCACCAGCUCACGUAUGAUUGGAAAGGCAGCUCGCAUGUACCGUUCUUGCCUAUACAGGGGAAAGGAAGACGUAAGUAGAUCUGCUGAGGAGCUGCGCGGAUUUCUGAGAGAUCGUCAUGUCAACUGGCCUGAUGACCCUAGACUCGACGUCGAGCCCUUGGACCUUUUUCUUGAAUUGGCUGUUAAAUGGGAGCUUCCACUGUGGCUACAUGUUCGGCUCAUGCGCUACCAAGAGAAAAACCCGCGGAAGGUUUCGAUGGACCCGGUAGUUAGGCUGCCACCAUUUUUUAAAUUCCGAGACGCCGAUCUGUUUGGUAAAGAAUGGUUUCACUACUUCAAUUUUCUCUCCUCGGAGCCAUCGAACACUACGAUGCCUGAUAAAGUGAAUCUACAACAGCGAAUGAAGAAAACAUACCAAAUACAGGCGAAAAUAAUCGAAACGCUUUUCGAGUCCCGUACCUCCAGCUCGAUAACGAGCAUUGGCGGUAUAUCGCAGAUAUUUACGUUUGGCCAAAUUGCGAAGAAGACGGUAGCUUUCACAGUCGUUAGGCUUGAGGCUAUUCUAAACAAACAUUUUCAAAUGAUCUACCCUCUGGUGGAGACAGACUUACUUGUGACAAGCGACGUGGCCUACUUGGACAGGUCUUUCGACAUCUUCAAAAGUUUCAAUAAGAAAGAUCUUCUUGACGCGCUGGGGUGGUGGCUGGUGAUGUCAUCCGCCGUUAAUACUCCGGACGGUCGGAAUUUGGACACUUAUGAAGGACUCGAGUGCGCAGUUCAAGUUGAAGACGUUUACAAAUUGCUUCUAGCUGCUGAAUGGGCUACGAAACUUCUUUCCCGCAGUACGCGGAAAACGGUCCAGCAGCUUGUGUUCAGAAUUGCAAAGAGCACAUUUGAUGCAUCUCAACGAGCUGCGGCCACAACAGCUAAUCGUAGCGUUUUGAUGACAAAACUCCAUCCGAAUUUGCUUGGAAAAUUUGCCCUCAAGCUUGCACCAGCUCCCAGGUACACCAUGGAGCACCAGCUCGAAGACCUCUACUGGCGGUUCCCAGAAGGAGGCGAAGGGUCGUACAUUCAUCAGUGGUUAUAUGCGAGACGCAAUGCGUCAGGACUUAUCAUCAAGAACGUCUACGACGAGCUGUCUCGCCUACCACAUUUCUACUACGACCACCCAAUCAAUUACGACCUACCGCACAACGCCAUAGUGAUGCCUGCGACAGCGUUCAUGGAGCCACUGUAUUUUGCGGAUGGCACGGAUGCAAUGCUGUACGGGUCGCUGGGGUCAACGCUGGCAAGGAAAGUGCUCAGUGUGGUCGCGUGUAGUACAGGAAAGCGUGGAGAUGGGUGUGGUUACCCAGCCUUGUUCAAUCUGGCGGCUACCUCUCGCUACGAUUGUGACGAGGACACCGCGAGCGUCGCGACAUCCGAACUAUUUGCGCUGCAAGUUGCUUACAACGGCUACGUGAAUGCGUCGAAAGAGCCGUUCCGCAUGAGGCUGAAGAACCUUCCGGACCAUUCGGCAGUGCAGGUUUUCUUCAUGGUGUGGUGCUACACAAGGUGCUUCGAUGCCGGCUUUCGUGCCGAAGCUACUUUCUGUGACGAUGCUGUUGCUGAUAUGCCAGUAUUUCGCGAAGCGUUUGGCUGCGCAAGUAUGCGAAGCUAGUGGACUGGAAAAUGUUGAUUAUAUUACAUUUUUGUUCGACAUUUAGCAGAAGAAAUAACGAGCAUGUCAAUUGUUACAGUUGA